AUGCAGAUCUUCCAGGUAUUUGGAGAUGACAGUUACUUAGAGCAUGCUAGGAAAUCUGCAGAUUGCAUCUGGGAACGAGGAUUGUUGCGUAAAGGAUAUGGCUUGUGCCAUGGCACUGCUGGAAAUGGUUAUGCUCUACUCUACUUUUACCAGGUGACUAAGGAGCCCGAUUACCUUUACCGAGCAGCACAAUUUGCUCGUUGGUGCAGAGAUUAUGGCAAACAUGGUUGCAGAACUCCAGAUAGACCCUUAUCAUUAUUUGAAGCACAAGCUGGAACCAGCUGUUUAACUAAAAACAAGGUGGUUAUUGGUAAUUGGCUACCGACAGUAGAGGAGGAAGCUCCGCUAUCCAAUAUUGUAGAGCUUGAGAGGCUUGAGACAGAGGUGGGUUCUCUUGCUACAGUGGUGGUGUUGUAACCUGUCACACAAGAGCUCUGCUUGCCUUCGAGCAUGGAAUCCCCUCUCCCUUCGCAAUUAGGAGGAAGCAGAGGUUAAUAUUGCAGGACCCCUAGAGUUUUCUGUUUUUGACAAGACCAGUAGGUGUACAGGCAGUCCCCGGGUUACGACGGGGGUUCCGUUCUUGAGACGCGUCGUAAGCCGAAAAUCGUCGUAAGCCGGAACGACGCUUGGAAAUAUGUCUUAAACUAAUAAAAAGUUAUAAAAACCUUACU